AUGGCGGAUGGGAUAUCGAGCUUUUGGGGUCCCGUGACUUCUACUAUAGAGUGCUGUGAGAACAACUACGCCUACUCAUCCUACAUUGCAGAGUUCUACAACACCAUAUCCAAUGUCCCUGGAAUCCUUCUGGCUCUCAUUGGUCUUGUCAAUGCCUUAAGGCAACGGUUCGAGAAGAGGUUUAGCAUUCUUCACAUAUCCAAUAUGAUUCUUGCCAUCGGCAGCAUGCUCUACCAUGCCACUUUGCAGCACGUGCAACAACAGAGUGAUGAGACCCCAAUGGUGUGGGAGAUACUUCUUUACAUGUACAUCCUUUACUCACCAGAUUGGCAUUACAGAAGUACAAUGCCGACGUUUCUCUUCCUCUACGGAGCUGCCUUUGCCGUGGUCCACGCUUACCUGAGGUUUGGCAUCGGUUUCAAGGUCCACUACGUGAUCCUCUGCCUUCUGUGCAUUCCUCGGAUGUACAAGUACUACAUCCACACGGAGGACACGGCGGCCAAGAGGAUUGCGAAGUGGUACGUUGCUACGAUCCUUGUGGGAAGCGUUUGCUGGUUCUGUGACCGUGUCUUCUGCAAGACGAUAUCUCAGUGGCCUGUGAAUCCUCAGGGGCAUGCGCUGUGGCAUGUCUUUAUGAGUUUCAACUCUUACUGUGCGAACACGUUCUUGAUGUUCUGUCGAGCUCAGCAACGUGGGUGGAAUCCAAAGGUGAAAUACUUUCUUGGUGUGCUUCCUUAUGUCAAGAUCGAGAAGCCAAAAACACAAUGA